AGGAUAAAUGUUCCUGCAGCUAUUGGUUGGAUCACUGGCUUUGCGCUCUGCUCUUAUCUAUAAAGGGCCAGACAGCUGUCAGAGCAUAAGCACAACAAAUCCAAAAAAGAAAAAAAAAAUGGGGAGUCCAGAGCUCGCUCUGUUUCUCCUGCUGUGCUUUUUGGGAACGGGGUCCUGUGGAACAAGGGAAUACUUUAUAGGAAUCAAUGAGAUUGAGUGGGACUAUGCUCCCAGUGAGAAGAACAUAAUCUUGAACAAAACUAUCCAUGACGAUGAGCAUGCGGGGAAAUUUCUGGAGCCGGGGGACACGCGAAUUGGACGCGUGUACAAAAAGGCCGUGUACCAGCAGUACUCGGACGCCACCUAUAAGCAGAUGAUCGAGAAGCCACGGUGGCUGGGCUUCCUGGGGCCGGUGAUCUCGGCGGAGGAGGGAGACACGAUCGUCAUUCACCUGAAGAACAUGGCCUCAAGGACUUACACGCUACACGCACACGGACUCAAGUACAACAAGUCCGACGAAGGUGCGCUGUACCCUGACGGAACGGACAAGGACGAGAAGCAGGACGACCAGGUGGGCCCCGGGAAGACCCACAGGUAUGAGUGGCAGCUGGUCAAGUCUCACGCACCCACCGACGACGACUCCAACUGCCUGACGCGCGUGUACCACUCGCACCACAACGCCCCCAAGGACAUCGCCGCCGGCCUCAUCGGGCCUCUCAUCAUCUGCAAAAAAGACACACUGGACAUUCAUGGCGACAAGGCAGCGGAUUACCUGUACGCGCUCAUGUUUACCGUCUCCGACGAGAACCUCAGCUGGUACCUGGACGACAACAUCAAGAAAUACUGCAAGACACCGGCCAAAGUGGACAAGGAAGAUGAGGAUUUCCAGGAGAGCAAUAAAAUGCACUCGAUUAACGGCUACGUGUACGGUAACCUGCCUGGGCUGACGAUGUGCGUCGGGGACAAGAUCCACUGGCACCUGUUCGGGAUGGGAAAUGAGGUGGACAUCCACUCCGCCUUCUUCCACGGCCAGAUCCUGACGGACCGGAAGCACCACGUGGACACCAUCAGCCUCUUCCCGGCCACUUUCGUCAAUGCAGCGAUGGAGCCUAGCAACCCCGGGCGCUGGCUGCUUAGCUGCCAGGUCAACGACCACGUAGAAGCUGGGAUGCAGGCGCUUUUUGAGGUGAAGGACUGUUUUCCUAAAGUUCACAAGCCGAAGCCACACGGUGAAAUCCGGGAGUAUUUCAUCGCCGCGGAGGAAGUCGUGUGGGACUACGGACCGUUAGGGGUCAACAAAUUUACAGGAAAGCCACUGAAAUCUGAGGGGGAGUCCCAGACGUUCUUUGAGACAGGCAAUCACAGGAUUGGUGGAAAGUACAAGAAGGCGGUGUAUAAGGAAUAUACUGACAACACCUUCACCACACGAAAGGAGAGGACUGCAGAAGAGGAGCACCUGGGAAUUCUGGGUCCGGUAAUUAGGGCAGAAGAGGGGGACACUAUCCGGGUGAUUUUCAGGAACAAAGCCACUCACCCUUACAGUAUGCAACCGCAUGGAGUGGAGUACGCCAUCAAACAAGAUGGGACACUCUAUGACUCUAUUCCUGCAGAAACAGACAGAUCCAAAAUAUUGCUGCAAAAAAUUAAAAAUGCAGGUCCUCCGACUCCACCCCCAGCUUCUCAGGUUCAGCCUGGCACUGCCUUCACUUACGAGUGGGUGGUGCCCAAGGAUGGAGGUCCGGUUGAGGGGGACGCAGACUGUAUAACCCGCCUGUACUACUCUGCAGUGGAUUCCGUUAAAGAUACCAGCUCCGGACUGGUGGGCCCCCUGCUGGUCUGUAGGCCAAACACUCUGAAGUCAGGGAAACAGAAAAAUGUAAAGGAGGAGUUCCACCUGCUGGCCACCGUGUUUGACGAGAACCUGAGCUGGUAUCUGGAUGACAACAUCAAACAGUUUACCAAAUCCCCCAAAACUGUCAACAAGAAGGAUAAGGACUUCCAGGAAUCCAACAAAAUGCACUCGAUCAACGGAUACAUGUACGGGAACCUGAACGGGCUGAGAAUGUGCAAAGGCCAUUCGGUGUCCUGGCACCUCUCCGGGCUGGGCUCGGAGGUGGACAUCCACGGCCUCUAUUUCCACGGCAACCGCUUCACCGUCAGCGGAACCCGGAGAGAUUCCAUCAACCUGUUCCCGCACAUUUCACACACGGUUAUCAUGGAGCCGGACAGCAUGGGGGAGUUUGAAGUGGAGUGCAGGACCGUUGACCACCACCGGGCUGGCAUGAGGGCCGACUACACCGUGGAGAAGUGUCACUGGUGGAACACAGACAGCAUGGUGAUGCUUCACCAGAAGACCUACUACAUCGCUGCCGUGGAAAUGGUGUGGGACUACUCGCCUAACCGCACCUGGGAGGAGACCAUGUAUAAGGGCCUUAAAGACAGCCCGGGCAACGCUUUCCUCAACAAGGAGGACCGCUUCAUCGGCUCCCAGUACAAGAAGGUCCUCUACAGAGAGUUCACCGACGACUCCUUCACCACGCAGAAGGAGAGGCCUGCAGACGAAGAACACCUGGGAGUCCUGGGACCCUUCAUUCAUGGCGAAGUUGGCGAUAAGGUGAAGGUCGUGUUUAAGAACAUGGCCACAAGGCCCUACUCAAUUCACGCGCACGGGGUGAAGACCGACAAGCCUGAAGUCUUCGAGACUCAACCAGGCGAGACGCACACCUACACCUGGUACAUCCCGAAGUCUGCCGGGCCGGGGGAAGGCCAGGAGGAAUGUAUUGUUGGGGCUUAUUACUCCACAGUGGACGUGAAUAAGGACCUGUACAGCGGUUUGAUUGGUCCACUGGUCAUCUGUAAGCGGUGCCUGCUGAGGAAGAUCGGUCUGAAGAAGGAGGUUGAGGAGUUUGCUUUGCUCUUCAUGGUGUUUGAUGAAAAUGAGUCCUGGUACUUGGACGAGAACAUCAAAACCUACGUCACCAACGUGAGCAAAGUUCAGAAAGACAACGAGGAGUUUCUUGAGAGCAACUUGAUGCAUGCCAUGAACGGCUGGGUGUACGGGAACCUGCAGGGCCUGACCAUGCACGUGGGGGACAAGGUGUACUGGUACCUGAUGGGCAUGGGGAACGAGGUGGACAUGCACACCGCCCACUUCCAUGGACACAGCUUCGAGUACAAGCUGAGUGGCACCCACCGGGCGGACGUGUUCGACCUGUUCCCCGCCACCUUCCAGACGCUGGAGAUGAGGCCGGAGUACCCUGGGACCUGGCUGCUGCACUGCCACGUUACAGACCACAUCGAGGCCGGCAUGGAGACCACCUACACCGUGCUGGAGAAGGAGGGGUCCAAAGGUGUGAAAGGAUUUCUGAAAGGCUUGUUCACAAAGAGCUAAAGAAACAUGACCAGCAUGCACUAGAUUUUGUGUUUUAUACAAGAUUUUCUUUGAAAUGAUUUCUAAAAUAAACUGAUAUAUAAUUACAGAA